AUGGAAGGAAUAGUCGACUGGCUUCCUUAUGUAGAUAAUGCGGCUCCAAGUGCACUUCAACAGGUCGAACAGCUUGUUGAAAGGGAACUUUUAGAUGCUAAUUUGAACGUUGUGCAUCCUGGGGUGGAAACACUACUUGGUAGCUUACCGGUAUCCAGAUUUGCUGAACCAGCCAAUUCUACAGGUACGAAAAGAGGUCUAGAACUAGAGCAGUCACGGAUAGAAACUGCCAAAAAACCGUGUUUGGGAAUCGACAAAACGCGGUUCGAUGUUCAGCAUUGCAAUACAGCAGACAAACGAGCUGUGUUAGAGUCGUAUUUGAGCCACGAAGAGAGCGUUUUGAGCGAGAUACUACAGCGAACUUUGGCGAGACAAUGGGUAGCGAACAACGAAUACAUGGAGGGCGUGCAGGACGCCCUGAAAGAAAUAUUAGAAUCUCAAGAUCGAAAUCUACAGGAUCUUGAAAGUCAUAGAAAAUUGAUACAAUCAGAGGCUCAGCGGGAUCUGGCGUACAUGGACGAGCGAUGGAAAGAAGCGCUCUUGCGGAAUGUGGAACGCGCGCUUAGCAACGCGCAUUAA